AUGCCGUGGUCGCCGUUGGCGAGUCGCAACCGAACCGCGCCGCAGGUGACAAGCAUCCAUCUCUCGCUCUCGCGGUUUGAGCUCUCUGCGCCGCGUGGCCCGCGCGACGGACCGAUUGUCAUUCGCGGCGACUCGGUCCUCGGCCUCCUCCGUGGGCUAAACGCGCUCGCGCUGAGCACUGCAUGGGUGCCCGAGGUCGGGCGCCAUUGCCUGGCGCUGCCGCAACUCCCGUUUGCACACGCCCCUCGUGCGCGAUGGCGCGGCUUUAUGCUCGACACGGCGCGGCACUUUGCCAAUCUGCGCCAAGUCGAAAAGCUGCUCGAUGCAAUGGAGGUUGCCCACCUCAACGUCUUCUCGUGGCACAUCACCGAUGCCCCGUCGUGGCCACUCGAGCUGGCGUCAUGGCCAGAGCUCUCACGAGCCGGAGCCUUUGCGCCGUCGGCCACCUACUCGCGCGAGGCUGUUGAGCAUGUCAUUGCCUAUGCGCACGCCCGCGGCAUUCGUGUGGUCCCAUCCAUUGAUAUGCCGGCGCACGUUGCUGCCAUCGGUAAGGCCUUCCCAGAAGCCAUUGUCCGUCCGUUCAAGUGGGAAAAGAUCGACGAGUUUGGCCUCAACCUUACGUCACCGCUGGUGACGGCGCUGGUGACCGACGUCAUCGACGAGGUUGCGAGCCUCUUUCCCGACACCUUUCUCCAUCUAGGUGGCGACGAGGUCAAGCGGUCGGUGAUGAGCCAUGCCGAGUGGACGGCAUUUGAAGACUCUGUGGUGGCGCGGGCGGUCGCUGCCGGCAAGCGGCCGAUGUUGUGGCAGGAUGCGUUGGACACCGGGGCGCUCUCGCGCGGAGCAAUAGCCAACGCGUCGGCUGCUGGCGCCCGCGCAGUGGUCCAGUCGUGGAAGGCUUGGGCUCACCUCGGCAACGCCGCUGUCCGCAAGGCGCUCGCGGCGCAAGUUGAUAUUCUUGUCUCGCAUGGCUGGUACCUCGACUUUGUCGAGACGACUAUCGACGCCUACCGCAAGUCUGACGUGCUCGGCGAGGCAUUCGAGCUAGCGCAGACCGCAGGCACGCUCACUGACGCGGUGCUCGGCGGCGAGAUGGCGCUAUGGACCGAGCGAGUCGAUGCCACUAACUUUGUCUGCCGCGCCUGGCCGCGCGGCUUAGCCAUUGCAGACCUGCUCUGGCGCGAGCCGGCAGGCAACGCCACUGUGGCGAUGAUGGCGGCGGCAGGAGGGCUGGUCGCGACUGGCCUACCUGAUGCUGCGUGGGAGUCGCGGCGGGCGACCGGGACGCCCGGCCACCAAUGCGGACGCAUUCCAGUUGAUCUGCAGCGGCGGCCGGGCCUGCCACAUCCCGACGCAUGGACUGUGGCUCAGCUCAACAUCGAUGCCGGCGGCGGCGAUGAGUUGCAGCACCUCGAGACCUGGGUCCGCAACCACGAGCUCGACGUACUCGGCCUCUGCGAGCUCAACCAAUGGGAGGCGAGUAUGGGGACCAGAGCCGCCGAGAUGGGCUUUCCGUUUUACCAUAUCAUGCCCAUUCCGUCGGGCUACCACCUCGGCAUCAUGGCAACGCGACCAAUCAGUGUUGUCGCCGAGCUCCGGCAGCCCGGGAAGCCGUUUCAACGCGGCGCACUCCACGUCCGCAUCGAAGGUAUCCACUAUGUCGUCGUCCACCUCCACGCUCAUGACGCAGGCGCGCGGCUUGCCGAAGUCGAGGCCCUAACUACCCACCUCGCCGCCACACUUGCAGACACCGCGCCGCUGGUGGUCAUGGGCGACUUCAACACACUCUCGCCCGACGAUGACGACGGGUGCGAGUACAGCAGCAGUCUGGUGAGCACCAUCCUGAGCCACAACUGGACCCGUCUCCGUCUCAAGUACCUCAAUCCGGAUCACACGGUGGCGUACGCACCGUACAACAAGCUUGCUCAGUUUGGUCUCCGCGACCUUGUUGUCCACCACUCGGCGUGCGAGUACACCGAGCCGACCGCAUUUGGCAUCGACCAGAUCCCGCCAGCCGACACCACGCUUGCGCCACAAAUGCGGGUUGACUACGUCGUUGCCCGCGGCCUCGACUCGUCGGCAGCAUGCACCAUUGUGCGGACAAACGUGACCAACGCGCUUUCGGACCACUUUCCCACCGUCUGCUCGCUGCCGCGCAGCAUAAAAUGACUCUACCUCG